AUGGGCUCAACCGAACCAGACAACCCAACAAACGAAAAUGUGACUGGUGAACUUGAGCAAUUCCUCCCAGCUGACCACAAAGCAUGGUACAAAAAAGGUCAUCUUGUCCGCCUCAACCUGAUUGCGUCUUCCCUUGUCCUAUUCUCGUCCUCUAAUGGCUUCGACGGCUCCCUGAUGAACGGUCUCCAGGCCCUAUCUCAGUGGAAUACCUUCAUGAACAAUCCAUCCGGAGCUUGGCUAGGAUGGCUCAAUGGUAUUUACUGGGUUGGAUGUUUCAUUGGAUACCCUUGUGGUGCGUUCAUUGGAAAUAAAUGGGGCCGCAAGCCUGCAGUGUACAUCGGCUACGCGUUGUUGAUCCUCGGUGUUGCACUACAAACCGCCGCUCCUAACGACAUUGCUUUCAUGAUGGCUCGACUUUUCCUCGGUGGUGCUUCCGCCUUCUUCGGCUCGACGACACCUCUACUGCUGAACGAAAUCGCCUAUCCGACACAACGCGGAACAUGGAAUGCUCUUUUCAUGUCAGGAUGGUACGUCGGUGGCUCUGUGGCCGGCUGGGUCACGUUUGCUACAAGAACCUACUCUUCGUCCUGGGCAUGGAGACUCCCAUCGCUUUUGCAGGCUUUGGUGCCAUUGCUUGCCUUGCCCGGAUUUCUGUUCUCCGAAGAAAGUCCCCGUUGGCUGAUUUCCGUCGGUCGUAAGGAAGAAGCCCGCAACAUUCUUGCAAAUUACCAUGCUGGCGGAGAUAUUUCGUCUCCUCUAGUAAAUUACGAAAUGAUUGAAAUCAGCUCUGCAAUCGAGGCCGAGCAAGAAGCCCACGACAGCUCUAGCUAUUUGGAAAUGAUCAAGACCCCCGGAAACCGACGCAGACUAUUUUGCUCAAUUACCCUAGGUAUCUUUGCUCAAUGGUCCGGAAACGGCGUCAUCUCCUACUAUCUUGCUCUCAUUCUUGAUAGUGUCGGCGUCAAGAGCGUGAAAGAUCAGACCCUUAUCUCUGCCUGCCUUCAGAUGUGGAAUCUAAUCUUCUCUAUCGUCGCUGGGUUCUUGGCCGAUAGAGUCGGCCGUCGUCCCCUCUUCAUGCUGUCGGCUGCGAUCAUGUUUAUCAGUUAUGUAUUGGUCACCGGUCUUUCAGGUGCCUUCGAUUCUUCGGGGAAUUCAGGUGUCGGGGCUGCCGUCAUCCCCUUCCUCUUCAUUUUCUUUGCUGGUUAUGAUAUUGCUCUCACGCCCUUUUUGACCGCCUAUCCCUGCGAAAUCUGGACUUUCCGCCUCCGGUCUCGUGGUUUGACUGUUACAUGGCUUGCAACAAUUCUCGCAAUCUUCUUUAACACUUUCGUUAACCCAAUUGCUUUGGCCGCUAUCGGAUGGAAAUACUAUUUUGUCUUCCUUGCCGUGCUGAUCGUUUUCGCAUUUACGGCAUACUUCUUCUAUCCGGAAACAAAAGGCUACAGCCUUGAGCAAGUUGCAAUUGUCUUUGAUGGAGAUGAUGCAGAGGUUGGAGACCCGUCGUCGAUGGUUGCGAAGACUUUUGCCAGUGAAAAAAAUGGUGCAAGUGCUCAUCAGGAAGAGGCGUAG